AUGGAGGUAGAAGAUUUAAGUGGCAGAGAAUUGACAAUUGAUUCCAUAAUGAACAAAGUGAGAGAUAUUAAAAAUAAAUUUAAAAAUGAAGAACUUACUGAUGAACUAAGCUUGAAUAAAGUAUCUGCUGAUACUACAGAUAACUCGGGAACUGUUAACCAAAUUAUGAUGAUGGCGAACAACCCAGAGGAUUGGUUGAAUUUGUUGCUCAAAUUAGAGAAAAACAGUGUCCCCCUAAAUGAUGCUCUUUUAAAUAAACUGAUUGGUCGUUACAGUCAAGCAAUUGAAGCACUUCCUGCAGAUAAAUAUGGCCAAAAUGAGAGUUUUGCUCGAAUUCAAGUGAGAUUUGCUGAAUUAAAAGCUAUUCAAGAACCAGAUGAUGCACGUGAUUACUUUCAAAUGGCCAGAGCAAACUGCAAGAAAUUUGCUUUUGUGCAUAUAUCUUUUGCACAAUUUGAAUUGUCACAAGGUAAUUUCAAAAAAAGUAAGCAACUUCUUCAGAAAGCUGUAGAACGUGGAGCAGUACCACUAGAAAUGCUGGAAAUUGCCAUACAGAAUUUAAACCUCCAAAAAAAGCAACUGCUUUCAGAAGAGGAAAAGAAGAAUUUAUCAGCAUCUGCAAUAUUAACUGGCCAAGAAUCAUUCUCCAGUUCACUUGGACAUUUACAAAACAGGAACAUCAGUUGUGAUUCCAGAGGUCAAGCUAUUAAAGCCAGGUUUUUGUAUGGAGAGAACAUGCCCCCACAAGAUGCAGAAAUAGGUCAUCGAAAUCCCUUGAAACAAACUAACAAAACUAAACGAUCAUGCCCGUUUGGAAGAGUCCCAGUUAACCUUCUAAAUAGCCCAGAUUGUGAUGCGAAGACAGAUGGUACAGCUGUGCCAAGUUUCAUAAAAAGACAGAUCUCUGGAUCAGAAUGCCGAGAUUUGAUUGUGGCUGCAUCUAAAUCAAGUGGAAAUGAUUCUUAUGAAUUGAGAAAUUUAAAGUCUAUUCAAAAUAUCUAUUCCAAGGAACCUCUGGUGUCAGAUGAAAAGAGUUCUGAAUUUAUUACUGAUUCAGUAACCCUGAAGAAUAAAAUGGAACCAAGUCUUCUAACUAAAUUAGAAGAAACUAAAGAACAUCAAGAACCAAAGGUUGCAGAAAGUAAACAAAAACUAUGGCAAUCUAAGAGAAAGUCAGAAUGUGUGAACCAGGAUUCUGUUGCAUCUUCAAGUCAGCGGCAGAUUCCAGAGAUAACCCGAAAAGUUGAUAUAGAGCAGAAACAUGUCACUUUUGAGCAACCUGUCUUUUCAGUUUCAAAGCAGUCACCACCUAUAUCGGCAUCCAAAUGGUUUGAUCCAAAAUCUAUUUGUAAGACACCAAGCAGCAAUACCUUGGAUGAUUACAUGAGCUGUUUUAGAACCCCACUUGUAAAGAAUGACUUUCCACCUGCUUGUCAGUUGUCAACACCUUAUAGUCAGCUUGCCUAUUUCCAGCAGCAACAGCAGCAAAUUCCCUCUACGCCACUUCAGAAUUUACAGAUUUCAGCAUCCUCUUCAACAAAUGAAUGCAUUUCAGUUAAAGGAAAAAUCUAUUCUAUAUUAAAGCAGAUAGGAAGUGGAGGUUCAAGUAAGGUAUUUCAGGUGUUGAAUGAAAAGAAACAGAUAUAUGCUAUAAAAUAUGUGAACUUAGAAGAAGCAGAUAGCCAAACUAUUGAUAGUUACCGGAACGAAAUAGCUUAUUUGAAUAAACUGCAACAACAUAGUGAUAAGAUCAUCCGACUUUAUGAUUAUGAAAUCACAGACCACUACAUCUACAUGGUAAUGGAGUGUGGAAAUAUUGAUCUUAAUAGUUGGCUUAAAAAGAAAAAAUCUAUCAAUCCAUGGGAGCGCAAGAGUUACUGGAAAAAUAUGUUGGAGGCAGUUCACACAAUCCAUCAACAUGGCAUUGUUCACAGUGAUCUGAAACCUGCUAACUUUCUAAUAGUUGAUGGAAUGCUAAAGCUAAUUGAUUUUGGGAUUGCAAACCAAAUGCAACCGGAUACAACAAGUAUCGUUAAAGAUUCUCAGGUUGGCACGGUUAAUUAUAUGCCACCAGAAGCUAUCAAAGAUAUGUCUUCCUCAAGAGAGAAUGGGAAAUCCAAGUCAAAGAUAAGCCCCAAAAGUGAUGUUUGGUCUUUAGGAUGCAUUUUAUACUAUAUGACUUAUGGGAAAACACCAUUUCAGCAUAUAAUUAAUCAGAUUUCUAAAUUACAUGCCAUAAUUGACCCUAAUCAUGAAAUUGAAUUACCUGAUAUCCCAGAGAAAGACCUUCAAGAUGUUUUAAAGUGUUGUUUAAUAAGGGACCCUAAACAGAGGAUAUCCAUUCCUGAGCUCCUGGCACAUCCAUAUGUUCAAAUUCAUCCAGGUAACCAAGUGGCUAAGGGAACCACUGAAGAAAUGAAAUAUGUUCUGGGACAACUUGUUGGUCUGAAUUCUCCUAACUCCAUUUUGAAAGUUGCUAAAACUUUAUACGAGCGCUAUAGUAGUGGUGAAAGUCAUGAUUCUUCGUCUUCUGAGACUUUUGAAAAAAGAUGGGGAAAGAAAUGA